UGCAUUCCAGAAACGCGUUCGAUAUUAGGGCCGUAAGAAUAUAAAAAUAGCGUUUAAUGUUUAGGUUUCUCUAACUACUUUCCUCGAUGAGUUUCCGAGUAGAAAACACUGAAUGCCGAGAUGACAUGAGCGAUCCGGGUCGGUUAGGCAGACAAAAAUGAAAGUCGCUGGAAAUUUGCGCUUCGCUACAAGCGUUGCGUUCGCUGUCGUUAUUGUAUCUCUGGCCCAGGGGAGGAACACGUCCCACACCACACCCAUUGCAAAGCAUCCCACAGGGGAAGCCACAGAGGGUGACUUCAUCAGAUUUGACCACGCCCCCGAUGCGGUGACUGACAGAUACAACCUGUCGGUGCAGUACCUGUGCUCCAGGCCGUGCACGUUGGGAGUGGAAGUUGUUGCCUCCGUCGGGCGGAGGAGCGGGGUGAUGGUCUUCAGGCGGAGGUGGAAGCAGCGUGAGGGGCUCGGCACACUCACGACACGCCCCUUGCUCCUCAGGUUCCCGGACGCGCUGGCCUACAGGAGGGACUUUUUUAUCAGGCGAUCUGUGGACGCCUAUGAUGUGAUGCUGAGGGCCUGGCUGGACCACCUGGGGAGGCACGACGAGGCCGGUCCGCGGGGCGGCGGGUACCACCAGGCCCUCACACGGGUGUUCAAGGUGCUGCAGAGCAUGCCGCCUGCUCUACGCCCGCUGAAACAGCAUGGGGCGUGUCUCUCGUGGGGGGCGGAGCUUACAUGGCAGGUGACCAGAGACAGGGCCAGACAGUGUCCUCUGGAGUCUGACACCAUGGAGCUGUUAAAGUUCCCACUGGCCAGCACGGGUGAGAAGUUCGGAGUGAUCUGCAGGCUUAACCCUUUCCUCAACAGGGAGCUGGAGAGGGCCCGUCUCAGAGCAGCGACAGACCCCAGGGUGACUCUGUCCCUGUGGAUCUACCUGCUGAACUGGUGUGGCAGCAAACAGUGCGGGAUAUUCCAUCAUAUGGAUCCUGACAAUACGUUCAGUACGCCUGUGAUCACACUGACAGACACAGGUGACGUCGUGUUCCAGGUGCGCUUGGCAUCUGGAGGGGACCGGGCCUUCAGGUGCCACACGGCUCUCACUCUUAGGACCUGGCAUCGGCUGCAGUUCUUCAUGGAGGGCUCCAAGGUGACACUGCAGGUCGAGUCUCUGAUGGAAGAGGACGUGAAAACACACACAUAUGAAUUCCAUGAUGAUGUCCACUACAAUGACACCGCUGGGUACUUUGUGAUCGGAGGAGACAAGUUCAUGCCGGGCAUAGAGGGUUAUUUUGGACCAAUCAAAUACCACCGUCUGCGGGUGGAAGAGGUAAUAAACCAUCUGUCUCCUGAGAAGACUUUGCAGCAGCUGGACAAAACACACCGAAUGUGUGAGGAAACGAAAGAAUUUAUCACAGCCUUUUUACAAGCACUGAAAGAAAGUGAGGACAUCACAAAGAACAACGUAUGCAGAUCUCUCCUCUGGGAUUGGAGGAAGAGGUUUGGAAGGCAAACCUGCAGUGCUCUGCCCUGGAGCAGCAGAGUGCAGAGACUCUAUCGCCCCCUGCUGGAGCUUCUUGGGGAACAGAACUUCAUCUCUGGUAUCAUUGAUUUUAGGGACAGCAAUGCCACCCUUCGAUUUGGAAGGAGGGUGUUUUUUCAAGCCCUGCAGAGACUGGCCAGCAGGGGUAGCCGAGGCCCCGAAUCCGUGUCCUCUCUAAUUCCCCUGCUUCAGGUGUCCAGCUGCCUUGGCCACCCCAGAUCCUUCUUUCUGCUCGCCGUCAUUCACCUCGUCGGCCUGGGAUUGCCUGCGGACACUCUGCAGGGCCACGUGUACAGCCUGGCCGGGGCUCAGGCUGACGACCGCCUGGCCCUCAUGCACCUGGGCUACAAGCACACGCAGGGCAUCGACGGCAUCCCCUGCGAUUACGACCUGGCCUACAGUUACUAUGCCAACGUCGGCAGGCAGACCUGCGCUGACAGGUGGAGAGCGCAGAGCAUUAAGCAAUACACUACAGAGCACAUCCUGCUGCAGGAUGAGGAGGCGCUGAGGUCACAGAUGGAUGAGGACCACGACGUCUUUCACUUCCUCCAGUUCCAGGCUGAACGGGGAGACCUGGAGUCCCAGAAAACCUUGGCGAGGCUUCUGUUCUGGGGACAGCAUGGUCUGUCAAAGGACGUGGGGACGGCCGUGAGGUGGUACGCCAAAAGCGCGCUGGAAAUGAACGAUGCGCGCUCCAUGUACGACUACUCCAUCCUGCUCUUCAAGGGACAGGGAGUGAAGAAGAACACAACCCUGGGCCUUCAGCUGAUGGAAAAGGCAGCAUCUAUGGGCUUGCUGGAGGCUGUUAAUGGUAUGGGGUGGUACUACAGCACCUUCAUGGCAGACACUGAGACGGCCGUGAAGUACUUUGAACAGGCAGCUAAGAACGGCAGCAGGGACUCAGUGUACAACCUGGGAAUGUAUCACCUGAGCGGGAGCUACCCAGGUCUGCCGGGGAAGAACGAGACCGCUGCGUUCCAGCACUUCCUUAAAGCAGCUGCAUCCGGCCACUUCGACGCCACGGUCGAGGCGGCGUGGUUCCUUGCCACGGGCAAACUGGAGGGCGUCACCCGGGACCCAGAGUCGGCAGUUCGCCUGUUGAAAAAUGUGUGUGAACAGAACGGACACCUGGGCUACGUUGUCCGGACAGGCCUCAGGGCUUACCUGCGGGGAUCCUGGGAGGAGGCCCUUCUGAGUUACACGGCAGCGGCGGAGGCGGGGUUAGGCGUGGCUCAAAACAAUGCCGCCCACGUGUGUGAGGAACUAGGGCAUUUCUACAACUGUGAAUGGAGAUACCACAACUAUUCAACUUUUAAUUACUUCCCUCACUACUCUGGCUUCCUGAAAAUGGGAGACUAUUAUUAUCAUGGCCUGCGGAACCAGCCUCAGAACAUCAGCUUGGCCAUUAACAUGUAUGGCAGAGCAGGUGUGGCUGGCAGCGCUCAGGGGAUAUUUAACCUGGCCGUCUUGAUCCAAGAGGGACAUGGAGUUCCUGAGAAGAUUCUAGAACAGCUGAACAUUUCUAAACAGGACCAUCUGGACAUCAGCAGAGUCCUGGAGAAGCUAUAUCAAAGGUGCCGAGCAUAUGAGGACGAAGAGGAUCUGUCUCCAUGCUCUUUAGCUCUGUUCAGACUCCAGCUGGGAAGAGCCUGGGAAACAUUUACUCAUGACCCACCACAAUGCUUAUUGGCCUAUGUGAUUGCCACCGCCUGCAUUGCUGCCCUGCUAACCCAUGCCAUGCAAAACAUCUCCAGAAGAGGAGUCCAGGUACAUCCUGGAGUGGACACCAGCCAUGGUGUGGGUGGUGCUGUUGGUGAGGGAGCGGGAAUGUCACCUGUCAAUCGGGAUGAGGUCAACAGGAAUGGUUGGCAGGGUGUCACUAUCUGGCCGCUGAUUGGUGGGGAAGGCCUGCGACUUGUAGGGGACUGGGCCUUUACAGUGAUGGGCGUGGGUCUGUGCGGAAUGCAUAUCAUCUUAUUGUUGCAUCUUUUGUGACACACAGCGGAUUUGUGGAAGCAUGAACGUUUGAAAUUUUGGUAUAAAAUCUGAAAUUCUCCAAAUCCCAUGGAAAGGUAGUGGAGUAAAAUCAGUCUAAAGAUUCUGGGUUGUAUUACGGUUAAGUGAAAAACAAUAAGAAUGUGGGUUAUGGUAUUUCCACAGGAAACUCUACCUGCAUGGAAACAAAAUUGUGUUCAAGUUCAUUUAGCAGAAAUGGCCCACCCAUUCUGAGAAUUUUACUGCUGUGUCAACAUAAUUUUACAUGGGUUGAUGUUACAUGGGUCCAAAUGAACCUGACUAAAUUUUUACUUAUGGCCGUUAUAGCAUAUUUAAUUUUUAAAUUAAAAUAAAAUAAUAUAAAGUAAAUAAAAAGCAGCCUUUCUGCAGUAACUGUAUUAUAUAAACGGUGAAGACACAACAGCACUUUAACUCUCCACUCUGACUUGAAUAUGAGCAUCAUUUGUUUUUAUGAUUAACUAUUAAUUGUGAAAAUGUCAAUGCAAUUGCCAGCUACAGAACAAGUACUGAA